CGGCGAGCAGAGGAGUUGCUUGUGGCGGACCUGCAGCGAGGAAAGGAAGAUGCCACCCAAACGUAUAGCUAAGAGAAGGUCACCCCCAGAAGAUGCUCUCCCCAAAAGCAAGAAGGUGAAGGACCGUCGUAACCAGGCAGUGAGGGCUGUUGCCUCCCAUCGCGUUCCAGGUGCCCAGAGGCCGAGCCCUCCUGACCAGAAAACCCGACCAGUCUCCCACAGGUCCCACAGCACAGAACCAGGCAUGGUGCUAACACUGGGCCAGGGCGACGUGGGCCAAUUGGGGCUAGGCGAGAAUGUGAUGGAGAGGAAGAAGCCGGCCCUGGUGCCCAUUCCGGAGGACAUCGUGCAAGCCGAGGCUGGGGGCAUGCAUACUGUGUGUCUAAGCAAAAGCGGCCAGGUCUACUCCUUCGGCUGCAACGAUGAGGGUGCCCUGGGAAGGGACACAUCAGUGGAGGGCUCAGAGAUGGUCCCCGGGAAAGUGGAACUGCAAGAGAAAGUGGUACAGGUGUCAGCAGGUGACAGUCAUACAGCAGCCCUCACUGAGGAUGGUCGCGUUUUCCUCUGGGGCUCCUUCCGGGACAAUAACGGUGUGAUUGGACUCUUGGAGCCCAUGAAGAAGAGCAUGGUGCCCGUGCAAGUGCAGCUGACUAUGCCCGUAGUGAAGGUGGCCUCAGGAAACGACCACUUGGUGAUGCUGACAGCUGAUGGUGACCUCUACACUUUGGGCUGCGGGGAGCAGGGCCAGCUGGGCCGUGUGCCUGAAUUAUUUGCCAACCGUGGUGGCCGGCAGGGCCUUGAACGACUCCUGGUCCCCAAGUGUGUGAUGCUGAAAUCCAGAGGGAGCCGGGGUCAUGUGAGAUUCCAGGACGCCUUUUGUGGUGCCUACUUCACCUUUGCCAUCUCCUGCGAGGGCCAUGUAUAUGGUUUUGGCCUCUCCAACUAUCAUCAGCUUGGAACCCCAGGCACAGAAUCUUGCUUUGUACCCCAAAACUUGACAUCCUUCAAGAACUCUACCAAGUCCUGGGUGGGCUUCUCUGGUGGCCAGCAUCAUACAGUCUGCAUGGAUUCGGAAGGAAAAGCGUACAGCCUGGGCCGGGCUGAGUAUGGGCGGCUGGGCCUUGGGGAGGGCGCCGAGGAGAAAAGCAUACCUACCCUCAUCCCAAGGCUCCCUGCUGUCUCCUCAGUGGCUUGUGGGGCCUCCGUUGGGUAUGCUGUGACCAAGGAUGGUCGUGUUUUCGCCUGGGGCAUGGGUACCAACUACCAGCUGGGCACAGGGCAGGAGGAGGAUGCCUGGAGCCCGGUGGAGAUGACAGGCAAACAGCUGGAGAACCGUGUGGUCUUAUCGGUGUCCAGUGGGGGCCAGCACACAGUCUUACUAGUCAAGGACAAGGAACAGAGCUGAUGAAGCCUCUGCGGGCCUGGCUCCUGGCCCUGCCACCCUCCCUCCUGGAACUGGGAAGCUAUGACAACUACAGAUUCCAGCAGGCCUCCCCCAGCCCCGAAUACUCUGUCAUCUCCUGCCUUUUUCCUAUCAGCAGAACAGAAUCCUUUUCCUCUUUUCUGUCCUCCUUUCCUGAAUCAUCCUGCAACCUACAAGAUGAAGGGGAGUGGGGGGAAAUGGAAGAGGGGAGGGGGUUUUGGCAGCCGGAACAUUGCUCACCCCAGAGCUAUGUGGUUAGACCUUUCCCCCUCAUCCCUACCUCCAUGGUCCUGGCUGACCCUGGUUUUGCCUGCCAAAAACCAAAAAUUCCUCCCCUGGGGAUUUGGUGCCCACGUUCUGAAAAGUUGGGGAUCCUCAAGCCCUACUCUAGCCAUGUGCCACUCUCUGUCCUUCACAAUCCACAGGCAGACAAAUGGUAUGGUGGUCAGACCCAGCUGUCAUGGACCUAUGCCUGGGGGAAACCGGAGAUGGGACAGGGCUGCCCAGCCAUGGGCAACCCCAAGCCAAAUAUUUGGCCCUCAACAGAUGUCCAUGGGGAAGAAUAAACAAUGAUCCUCCACUUGAUCAAGAAAAAAGCCAAUCAGCCUUUCUCCCAGAAGCACAAAGCAUUCUGCCCUUCAGGCAUUGCCUGAGUAUCCUGCCCAUCCGACCUGCCUUACCUGUAGCCAAGGGCCUGACGUCUGCAAAGGAAGCUACAUCUGCAGGGCAGGACAUGGAGGGAGUGGGGAAGGAGAGUUUUAUAAACAAACUUAUAGCAAUAUUGAGAGUGAAGGGAGGGAGGGGAAGGGGGUCAGAAGGGCAGAGGCUGGUGCCCAGAAAGGGAAGCAGCAGCUUGUACAGUGGCUGAGAAAAUAGAAAACAGUUUUGAUUUUUUUAAAAUAUAAAGUAUUUUGGAGGGGAGAGUGAAAUCUUUUAACACUUUGAAUAAAUUUAGAGUUUUAUAAAACAGGUCACUUGUUUUCUACAUACUCCCUGCUCUUUUAAGGGAGCACCUGUCGUGUUGGCAAGAGCAGAAUAAACCCAUACCUAUGCACCUGGUCAAGGCUAGGACUUAAGUGAUGUCGCGAUGUCCUGGUAUGUGCCAGUCAGCUGUUGAUGUAACUGUUUCAUACAAAUCAAAAAAGAGAAAGAGUUGAUUGAUUUUUGCUUAGGUAUUUAUGUUUCAGGAAUCAGUGGAUUUUUAAAAAAAAAAACUAUGCUGCAUAAUGUGAGA